UCAAAGCAACUAACUGCGGCGCUUGUGAUUGGCCUGGCUCCGGGGCCCCGGCACAUCUCGCAAAACAUUUCGGCACAGAAACCCUAAUCCCUGGUCUGCAGGUCAACUUUUAGAGUUUAUAUCCCCGAAUAGGACUAGCGCGGCCAUCCUGAUUAUUCGUCGCUGCCGACUCACCGCAAAUAAAUCUCCCCGUCGAUCCAGCGACGGCCAAAGUCUUCCUGCUUCUUCAUCAUCUUUGCUCCUGAAGCCAAGUGCAUCUUCCUCCCUUCUCCCUCCACCAUCAUGCUGCUCCACACCCGCCUGCCCGUCCGUGCGGCCUUAAAGUCUGGUGCUUCCGUUGCCCGUCUUAACAAGACCUCGACCAGGGCUCUUGCCACCAUCGUCGAUGAGAAAGUCAACCAGAACAACUGGGAAAAGGACUCUUUCGUCAACUACAAGAACAACGUCGAGAACCUCGAGAUUGUUCGAUCCCGCCUAAAGCGCCCCUUCACCUUUGCGGAGAAGAUCCUCUACGGUCAUCUCGAUGACCCGCAUGGACAGGACAUUGAGCGUGGUGUUUCCUACCUUAAGCUCCGCCCGGACCGUGUUGCCUGCCAGGAUGCUACCGCCCAGAUGGCUAUCCUCCAGUUCAUGUCCGCUGGUAUGCCCUCCGUCGCCACUCCUUCGACUGUCCACUGUGAUCAUUUGAUUGAGGCCCAGAUUGGCGGCGAGAAGGAUCUUGCCCGUGCCAUUGAUAUCAACAAGGAGGUCUACAACUUCUUGGCCACUGCUUGUGCUAAGUACAACAUUGGUUUCUGGAGACCCGGAUCUGGUAUCAUUCACCAGAUCGUUCUCGAGAACUACGCUUUCCCCGGUGCUCUCAUGAUCGGUACCGACUCUCACACUCCUAACGCUGGCGGUCUCGGUAUGCUCGCCAUCGGUGUCGGUGGUGCCGAUGCCGUUGACGUCAUGGCUGGUCUCCCUUGGGAACUCAAGGCCCCCAAGAUCAUUGGUGUUAAGCUUACCGGAAAGCUUUCUGGCUGGACUGCUCCCAAGGAUAUCAUCUUGAAGGUCGCCGGUAUCCUCACUGUCAAGGGUGGCACUGGUGCUAUCGUUGAGUACUUCGGUGAGGGUGUCGAGUCCCUGUCUUGCACUGGUAUGGCUACCAUCUGCAACAUGGGUGCUGAGAUUGGUGCCACCACCUCUACCUUCCCUUACAACGCCCGCAUGAAGGACUACCUUGAUGCUACCAAGCGUGGCUUUGUUUCCGACUUUGCUGACAAGUACGCCUCGUUCUUGAAGGCCGAUGAGGGUGCUGAGUACGAUCAGCUCAUCGAGAUUGACCUUGACACUCUUGAGCCCCACGUCAACGGCCCUUUCACUCCCGAUCUUGCCACUCCCAUCUCCAAGAUGAAGGAGACUGCCAUCAAGAACGACUGGCCCCUCGAGGUUAAGGUUGCUCUUAUCGGAUCUUGCACUAACUCCUCGUACGAGGACAUGUCCCGAUCCGCCUCUAUCGCCCAGGAUGCUCUCGACCAUGGCAUCAAGGCUAAGGCUCUCUUCACCGUCACCCCUGGCUCUGAGCAGAUUCGCGCUACUAUUGCUCGCGAUGGUCAGCUCAAGGUCUUCGAGGAGUUCGGAGGAUUGUUGCUCGCCAACGCUUGUGGACCCUGCAUUGGCCAGUGGGAUCGUCGUGACAUCAAGAAGGGCGACAAGAACACCAUUGUCUCUUCCUACAACCGUAACUUCACCGGACGUAACGAUUCCAACCCCGCCACUCAUGCGUUCGUUGCCUCGCCUGAUCUUGUCACCGCCUACGCUAUCUCUGGUGAUCUUGGAUUCAACCCCCUUACCGACACCCUGAAGGACAAGGAUGGCAAUGAGUUCAUGCUCGCUCCUCCCUCUGGUGCUGGUCUUCCUUCGCUUGGCUACGAUCCCGGUAAUGAUACUUACCAGGCUCCUCCUGAGGACCGUGCCUCCGUCAGUGUUGAUGUUUCCCCUACCUCGGACCGUCUUCAGCUUCUUAAGCCCUUCAAGCCUUGGGACGGAAAGGACGCUUUCGAUCUUCCCAUCUUGAUCAAGUCCAAGGGUAAGACCACCACCGAUCACAUUUCCCAGGCUGGCCCGUGGUUGAAGUACCGUGGACAUUUGCAGAACAUUUCCAACAACUACAUGAUCGGUGCUAUCAACGCCGAGAACGACAAGGCCAACACCAUCAAGAACUUCAUGACUGGUGAGUACGGUGGAGUCCCUGACGUCGCUGGAUACUACAGAGACCACAACCAGAAGUGGGUUGUUGUUGGUGGUGAGAACUUCGGUGAGGGUUCCUCGCGUGAGCAUGCCGCCCUUGAGCCCCGUUACCUUGGUGGAUUUGCCAUUAUUGCCAAGUCCUUUGCUCGUAUCCACGAGACCAACUUGAAGAAGCAGGGUAUGCUUCCCCUUACCUUCGCUGACCCUGCUGCCUACGACCGUAUCAACCCUGACGACAAGGUUGACGUCGUUGGUGUCACUACUCUUUCGCCUGGCAAGAACUUGAAGCUUGUUGUUCACCCCAAGAACGGCGACGCUUGGGAGACCGAGUUGGCUCAGACCUACAACGCUGAGCAGAUCGAGUGGUUCAAGUUCGGUUCGGCUCUGAACAAGAUGGCUGCUGCGCACAAGAAAUAAAUAGGCGUUGGGUUGUGGAAUUUAGAAAUUAAAAUUUAAUGUAUAAAAAAAUAGUACAUGUCUAGUUAAUGGUCAAAUCAUAUUUAUAUAUGUAAUGUUGUAUGCCUUGAGUGUUUCUGAGUGAAUAUUGUCUCGUGUAGGUUGGUGAUUACUUUUAUCAUCUUGUUUUAAAUUAGCUGCGUAAUGCA